AUGCCCUCUAAGGGUAGCUCUGGAGAGGCAGGUCUUCUUGGAACAAUAGGAUCUGCUGGAGAGCAAGGCAAAGCAGGAGGUCUAGGACCCGUUGGACCCAUUGGUGGACCGGGAGACAUCGGAGUACAAGGACCAGCCGCCCACCGGGCAAACCAGGAGCCAGGGGACCUAAAGGAGAUCUUGGUCUUCCUGGUGUUCCCGACCCCCAGGCCUCCCCGAGUGAAGGGAGAGAGGGGGGGACAAGGUUCUGAGGGAACCUCUGGAGACAAAGGAGAUGUUGGUGACCAAGGAGAAGCUGGACCCAAAGGAGUGGUUGGAAACCCAGGAGAGCCUGGUAACAGAGGGCCAGAGGGUAGCAGAGGGCAGCCUGGCAUCGAGGGCCCAGCUGGUACUUCUGGACCACGUGGCAUGCAGGGCAACAGGGGCGCACCAGGAAUCAGGGGGUCACAGGGACCGGCGGGUAAAGAACCAAGCGAUCAACACAUCAGACAAGUCUGCAUGAGAGUUAUGCAAGAGCAACUAGCCCAGUUGGCUGCCAGUCUAAGGAGGCCGGAGUCUGGAGCAGCGGGCCUGCCUGGUAAGCCAGGGCCUCCUGGUCCUGCCGGACCCCCAGGGGACAGUGGCUUCCCUGGGCAGGCUGGAGCAAGAGGACUGCCUGGCCUCAAAGGACCUCCAGGACUCCUAGGACUCAAAGGACCCAAAGGUGAAUUGGGCGACAGAGGAGACCGAGGUCCCACGGUGCGAGGGGCCAAGGGCCAGCCAGGACCUCCCGGUCUACCAGGUGAGCCCGGAAAGCCUGGUUACGGCCAGGAGGGACGUGACGGCGAGAGAGGACCUCCAGGUGUUCCUGGCCAGGCUGGUGUACCUGGGCCUCCUGGUAAUGCUGGCCCCAAUGGCUACUGCGACCCAUCGUCCUGCAACCUCAGACCGGGGGACAUUGACACCAGCAUCAAGGGCCCGGAGGGAACUAGAAACUAGAGCCACCACCCAGUGGAGGCUGGUGUCACUUUAAAUCUGAGGACUGGAUCUAAUGGCUAUAAUGGAAUGAAUGGAAAAGUUUCAAACACCUUGGAUUCUGUUCCAUUUAUUCCAUUAGAGCCAUCACUAUGACCUAUCCCCCCUUCACCAGCUUCCACUGCCCAACACCCAGAGAGGGGUAGAGACAGAGACAGAGACUAAGAUGGCAGAUGGACAGUUCUCCCACCCCAACCCUGGGAGCACACAACAUCCUCACAGCCUCUCUACUCUGAAGGCUGUUGCUGUUGAGUCCAUUCUAACGUAUCUGCAGUGUUUUGUGAGAGUGUUCUGUGCUAGCCAGAUCUCUAUCGGAUAUGAAGGAGUCUUCCACUUCCACAAAUGCGAAACAAAACUAAGUAUUUUGUUGCAAAACAAUAAUAAUCCUGAACCUGUUUGGACGUGUAACAGUUUUUUACAUGACAGAUUUUCUUUUUCUUUUGUUGUUUUCAGAAAUGGGUGCUCUAUUUUAAGAUAUUAAUGUUUUGAAGACGAUAUUUGUUUUUAUUCCACCGUCCCUGUAAACCUAGAUGUCCUUAAUAACCACCAGAGCAUCACCUGUCCUUAAUAACCACCAGACAAUUCACCUGUCCUUAAUAACCACCAGACCAUCACCUGUCCUUAAUAACCACCAGAGCAUCACCUGUCCUUAAUAACCACCAGACAAUCCUCCUGUCCUUAAUAACCACCAGACAAUGUACCUGUCCUUAAUAACCACCAGACCAUCACCUGUCCUUAAUAACCACCAGAGCAUCACCUGUCCUUAAUAACCACCAGACAAAACCCUGUCCUUAAUAACCACCAGACAAAUCACCUGUCCUUAAUAACCACCAGACAAUUCACCUGUCCUUAAUAACCACCAGACAAAUACCCUGUCCUUAAUAACCACCAGACAAUGUACCUGUCCUUAAUAACCACCAGACCAUCACCUGUCCUUAAUAACCACCAGAGCAUCAUCUGUCCUUAAUAACCACCAGACAAACUACCUGUCCUUAAUAACCACCAGACAAACUACCUGUCCUUAAUAACCACCAGACAAAACCCUGUCCUUAAUAACCACCAGACAAAUCACCUGUCCUUAAUAACCACCAGACAAAUCCCUGUCCUUAAUAACCACCAGACAAAUCACCUGUCCUUAAUAACCACCAGACAAAUACCCUGUC